GCUACUUCAGCUCCACACUUUUGUAGGUUAAGAUUAAGUUGUUUGUUCGCAUGGUCAGUGCGUCAGUGCGUCAGUGGUCACAUGAACAUGAACACUGUUACCAAUUUCCUAUAAUAUUUAGUUGUAAAUACUAAAUAGAUGAAUGGCCUCCCUAUAAAUGCUUAGUAGUUACUAACCAUUUAUUCCUAAAAAACGUCAAUAUUUUAUUUUUAUUGUUUGCCACUUUCAAAUAUAUUCAUUAUGGGGAAAAACAACACAAAAAAGGGUCGUGCUGUGAAAAAGAAUAAGCAAACAAAAUUGGAAGAACCAGAUGAAUUAACCAGAGCACCACAUUCCUUUGUCAUCCAUAAAGGAGAAGUUGGGCAAUAUGUGCAGGACCUCACUAAGGAUUUUCGGAAACUCAUGGAGCCAUUCACAGCCUCGUCAUUGAAGGUUCGCAGGAAAAAUGUGGUGAAAGACUUUGUGUCGGUGGCCGGCCUACUGCACGUGUCGCACAUGGUGAUGUUCACCAGGACAGACAGCAACGUGUACAUGCGCAUUGCGCGCCUGCCGCGCGGACCCACGCUCACAUUCAAAGUGCACAGCUACGCGCUGGCCAGGGAUGUGCUCUCGCUGCUCCGCAAACAGUUCGUUGUGACAAAGCACUUCAAGCACUCGCCACUCGUCAUCCUCAACAGCUUCUCCGGCGAAGGUGCGCACAUCAAGCUCAUGGCAUCCAUGUUCCAGAACAUGUUUCCAGCAAUCAAUCUGGCCAACAUAAACCUUGACACAGUUUGUCGGAGUGUUCUGUUCAAUUAUAAUCAAGAGACGAAAAUGAUUGAUCUCAGACACUACGCAAUCAGAGUUGUUCCAGUUGGUUUGUCAAAAGGAAUAAAAAAGAUUGUUCAAAGCAAAGUACCGAAUUUGAGCAAAUUCAAUGAUGUUUCGGAAUAUAUAACAAAAGCUGAACUACUUUCUGAUAGUGAAGCUGAAGAUGAUCCAAAGAGUCAUGUCACACUACCACAGAAACUAUCGUCGAGAGGAAACAUGGAGUCGAGCCAGUCAGCAAUACGGCUCAGUGAACUUGGUCCUAGGAUGUCUCUCCAGUUGAUAAAAAUUGAAUCUGGUUUGAUGGAAGGCGAUGUAAUGUUCCACGAGUUGGUCACCAAAACCGAAGCAGAAAUAAAAAUAAUCAACAAGCGAAAGGAAGAAAAAAGGAAAUUGAAAGAGCAGAGAAAACGCGUCCAAGAACAAAAUAAACAGAACAAGGAGGCUAAAAAGGAGGAAUUGAAAAACAAAUCUCUUGAAGGAAUGAAGAAGAAACAGCUAAUCGAAGAGAACAAAAAGAUGCUGGAGAGGGUUGGCGUGGAAGAUGGCGACAACGAUGCUGACUGGUACAGAAAAGAAGUUGGAGAGGAGCCCGAUCAAGGACUUUUCACUCAGAACAACAAUUCUGAAAGGGGCUUCAAAAGGAGGAAAUCCUUCACUGAAAUGAAAGAAUUGAAAAAAAGGAAACUCAAUAACGGUGGUGAAAAGAAAAAUAAUAGAGAUGACUUCAACAGAAACAAGAAAAGUAAUAGAGAUGACUACAACAGAAACAAUAGGAAAACGAAUAGUAAGUUCGGUAACAAUGCAAAUGAUAAAAAAUUCAAGCACGGUGAGGGUAGGUUCAAUUCGAAUCGAAAGGGGACGGGUAGAAACAGGAAACCCCUAGGAAGUAAAGUUACAAGAGGAAGGAGACAUGUUUGAUUGUUCAAAGUAGGCUUGUAGGUUUUUAAUAAAAAAAUGUUAUACUA